UAGAACAGGUUUUACACUGAGCAGGAUUAGGGGUGUGGAAGUAUUUAUUUACACCGCUAUUAACUCAAACAAUCUUUGGGAGGUUUAGGUAGGGUAGAUCUAGAAGGUUCAUCCGACAAAACGCAACAAAUCUGUGCAGCAUUUCAAACAUCAGACAGAUUACAGGAUACAAGGAAAUUCCUCACACAGUUGUAAGAUGGCAACUGAAGAAGAUGAGAGAAAAUUAAACAAACUUCUCCAAAUCAAUGGAUUGAAGGAAAGUCUCGAUAAUCUACAAAACCUCGCUAGCGACCAACGUUCCGAAAAAGCAGGUAUACGUAGCCAUAUAGCCAAACUAAAGCAACGCCUCUGUGAAGCUAUCAAAGAUCCAGAAAAGAUUUUUGCUGCUAUCGCAGGAGUUCUUGGGUUGAUGGGCCAACUUAUGCCAUUAGGUCUCCCAUUUACCUUCGCCUCCGCGGGGAUCAAAGGACUUCUGAUGUUGUUUACGUUUCUCUCCAAAAAGUCAUCCAAAAUGAAGGUAAUUGAACAGCAGACUUAUCUUGACGCCGACACUCAGAAAAAAGUAUUUGCUGUGCAUAGUGCUUUAUCUUCCUCUCUUCACUAUCUCAAGAGCAUACAUCAACGUAAACUCAACGCCCAUGAAAUCGAUAUAGUGCUAGGUCAGGUACCGCGAGAUACGGGUACCGAGUUCCUUGGAGUGCUUGAAUACAAAAUAAAGGAACUUCAAAAUGGAAAAACAACCAAGCAGACAGGGAAGAAGGAAAAGAAAGAGACAGAGGAAAAAGAAGAGGAUACGUUACAAAGGUGCAAUGCUAUCAUCGCCCUCAUUGAUCUGUAUUGUGUCCUGUCCUGUUUGAGAGAGUUUGUUAUGUACUACCUUGUAACAUUACUCGCCAACAACAGAGUUCCCGAGAAUAUAACAGAAAGUUAUCUUGAGAGACGAGAACAUUUCAAAAACAACAGAGAAGCCAUUUUGAAAGUUCUUCAUGAACCUGAAGCGAAAGAUGCAAGUGUUUCUGCCGUGUUCAAUCUUAAAACAUGGCCAAAGCUCAGUCAGCAACUCGAAUCGCGCCCCGACUUAAGUGAUUUGAUAGAUCGUCCUUGGAAUGUUGUGUCUGCCUCUAACGACAGGUUUGCGAUGUUUCGGUGUUCUCCUAAUACUAGAAAGCUGUUCACACUGAAAAGAUACGUUCGCGUCAAAACGUUCGUGGAAAAUACUGAAACGAAAUUUUUGAUGAAAUCUGAGGGUAAUCGAGAUUUCACAAUACAUCUCUGUGAACAUGAUGACUUUACGUGGAAGAUGAGUGGAGAUCUCUUAGAAGCUUCUGGAACGACCCAAGCAGAACAACGUGUCAAAUUCAACAUCGUACGGCUAUCCAAUGGAAAUGUCAUGUUUUCAUCAAAGAAUCGACCAACUUGCUUUGUCAAAAUGGAAAAUGCAAAAGAUGACGCGCGACUGAGUGUAGCCAACAAUUCAUUUGACGAGACUUGCCAGUGGAAACUCCAAGUCGCCAUUAUUUGA